UUUUUUAUGAAUUCUUUAUUUGGAUGCAAUCAGAAAGAUGUAUUGCCAUGACUUGGAUAUUCUGUUUAUAAUGCUAAAAGGUGGAUGCUUUUCCAAUGACCAUGAUGUUUGGGAUGUGCUCUGUACUCCAGUAGUUUCCGAUGAAAACUUGCGUCUUUACGGACUUCCAAACGGGUCAUGGGAGGUUGAUCUCCCUGUCGACGAGGUCCCUCCUGAGCUUCCUGAACCAGCUCUUGGCAUCAACUUCGCAAGGGAUGGUAUGGCAGAGGAAAACUGGGUUUCUCUGAUUGCAGUUCACUCUGACUCUUGGCUCAUCUCUGCUGCCUUUUACAUUGGUGCACGUUUCUCUUUUGAUAAAAACUAG